UAGAUGACUGCAACUUUCAAUCAGCCAUUCAUAAAUAGUGUCCUGGCAGCAACCAAUGCAUCAUAUUUAGAAUAGCAGUGUGCACCUCAACUGAUUUACUGCAAUCGAUGGAACUACGGGAUACAACUAUAAUGCAGAAUUGAUCGAUCUCUUAGAUAUGCCAGAGAUCAGUUUGGUGGUGAUGAGUCCUGGUGCAAUAGGGAAUGAAUCAGAAUGGGUGUGGCCAGCGAACAGAAGCCUUCACUGUGAGAUGUCCGGGAUGAAGUGACAGCUCUUGUCUCAUUUGCCUAACCAGACUGAAGAAGCAGCUACUGACACCCAGCCCAGAGCCGUGGGACCCAGUGGAGGGCCUGGUAAUCUGCCUGACAGUCCAGGAGGGGAUACCAGCUCAUCCAAUAGCUCAGAUUAAGCUCAGGGGGCUUUAAGAGCAAACAACCUGCUUUUCAUUGUGUGAUCAGGGAUACCUAUGACCACCAGCACUAUGAGAGCUGUCCAGUACUGUCCGCUGCUCCUGCUUCUUCUGGUCCUGCUAGCAACUAACAGUGAGGCUCUGCAAUGUUAUACAUGUAUGGGCUCCAAUAACGAUGACUGCAACCGACAAGGCUCCAGAGCUUGUCCCGGUUACUCUGAUGCGUGUGCUUCAGUGGUGGGCCAUGACAGUGGGGUGAUGAAGUCAUGUUCCUACAAGUCUUUCUGCAGUCAGGCCAACAGCCAGGGCUACAGAGCACCAGGUGUCAGAGUUCACUGCUGCUACAGCAAUGACUGCAAUGUGACGAGUUUGGCCUCCCACCUGCCACGACUCAACUAUCUGCUGCUGCUUCUGCCGCUGUUGUUAAACUACUUAUUCAAGUAGACAUACUGCUCAACAAAUGCCAACUUGUGUUGCUCUCCAAAGAUGCCAAAUAAUUCUACUUAAUUUCACACUACAUGCUACCCUGCUUAGUACCAUUCAACUCUGCUUUAAAUUACCUUAUUUAUAUAAACAGAAGCCUACACAUCAAGGAGUUACUGAACAUAGAGGAUCUUGAGGUGGUUGAUGAGGAUU